AUGAGCACGACCAAGAAGAAAAGGCAUGGCGACGAGUUCGUCGCUGUCCAGAUUCUACAGAGUUUUGUCUCAAGCCGCCGCCGUCGCCACCACCACUUCCUGCCGCCCCUCGCCGCCGUCUCCGGCUGUUUUCUCCUCCUCCUCCUCCUCCUCUUGGCCCUCCUUCUGUUCCUCUGCCCUCCCAUCAACACAUCGUUGAAUAAUGGAGCUAACGUCGAGAAAGAUGGCAUUUUUCGUGUCCCGAUGAGUGGAGGAAGCUUAGGCCAAAAUUUGUGGACUUCAAACCAAUACAAUUCCUUCUAUGGAUGCAGUAAUGCCAGCCAUGGCUUCUUAGCAAGCUUUAACGAAAAGAAUCGAAUGAAAGCUGCGGAUACGAAAAACGAACCUAACCGGUACUUGUUGAUUGCGACUAGUGGUGGCCUAAACCAGCAAAGAACAGGGGUGCAGGCCGUUGAGCUCACCAAGUUCGAUUACAGAUUAUCAAAUCGGCUGGAUUCGGAUUUACAGAAACUGAGAUGCCGAGUGAACUAUCAUGCCCUGAGAUUUACAGAUCCCAUUCACGAAAUGGGAAUCAAGUUAGUCGAGAGGAUGAGAGCGAAAAGCAAGCAUUAUGUUGCCUUACAUUUAAGAUUUGAGCCGGAUAUGCUGGCAUUCUCCGGAUGCUACUAUGGUGGUGGCCACAAAGAGACGAAAGAGCUCGGCGCAAUAAGAAAGAGGUGGAAAACUUUACAUGUGAGUAGAGUCGAGUCAAGCCGACCCUCUUACACAUACAUAAUAAUCUUGACGAUGAAAAACCCGCAAAAGGAACGGAGGCAGGGGAAAUGCCCGUUAACUCCCGAGGAAGUUGGACUUAUGCUAAGAGCAUUGGGCUUUGGGAAUGACGUGCAUAUAUACGUAGCAUCCGGCCAAGUUUACGGAGGUGAAGAUACAUUGGCACCUUUAAAAGCUCUUUUCCCCAAUCUCCACACCAAAGAGACUAUUGCUAGCAAGGAAGAGAUUGCUCCAUUUUCGUCCUUCUCGUCUCGCAUGGCUGCACUCGAUUUUAUCGUUUGCGAUGAAAGUGAUGUUUUCGUUGCGAAUAACAACGGUAACAUGGCUAAAAUACUCGCUGGCAAAAGGAGAUACUUUGGUCACAAACCAACCAUACGCCCAAAUGCAAAGAAGCUCUAUCGGGUUUUUCAAGACCGGGAUAAAAUGAAGUGGGAAGAAUUUGCCUCAGUUGUUCGAAAAUUCCAGGUUGGUUUCAUGGGGCAGCCCAAUGAGGUUAGGUUGGGUAGGGGUGAAUUUCACCAACACCCUUUGUCUUGCAUAUGUGAAAAAUCGCAUCUUUUUCAAAAUAGAGGUAAAAUCGAUGGUGAAAAAAGUAGUAAUAACGACAUGAAUGAUGAAGGGUUAUCGGAAGACGAGCAAGAUUGGGCCGAAACGGGAUAUUACGGUGAAGAUGAGAAUAACGGUGGGAGAAAAUACUCUGAUUUUGCACAGAUGAACUCUGAGCAGCCAGAAAUUGAAGAAAUGAUCUCAGAUAGAUAG